AUGCUCCAUAUACCCAACAUGCAGCUCGACGGCCGACAAGGCGUUGCUCGGCCCAAAGAGGUGGUCCCGACCUCGGACGACGAUGACAUUUUCUUCAUCUCGCAAUCAUCCACAAGCAUGGCUUCUAACAUAGCUAGCUCGUCCCGUGUCACGCUCGAUACCCACCUUGCACCGCCGCCACAAAUCGACUUGGUUAACGAUGGUGAUGAAGAUGACGAUGGCGACGAAACAGUACUCCCAGUGCGUCCAAAGGCUCGCACAUACAUGGACACAUUACCGCGGUCUUUGCUAGAGAAUGCGCUCGACAGAAGCAUUCUUCCGACCACAGACGCUGUAGAGGCGGUAGCACCUCUGUCACAAACAUCGGCCUUAUCCUCCCCACCGGCAACUCCACCAUUAAGACCCGAGAGCCCAAUAGACGCGACAGAUGUGCGGCCGCGAGGAUCACCCAGCCCAGUGCGAAUACUAGACAACGGAGGCAUCGAAGAAUCGUUGCCACCAAGUCAAAGAAGCGACGCCACCGUACCUCUCCCCUCAUCUAGUCAGCACAUCGAUUCAAGCCAGCAUUUCCCGCUUGAUCCGCCAUUAUCACCUUCAACUGCAAGCCAACAGCCCACACGACCUCCGAUGGACGAAUCGCCUCCAUUGACUCCGCUACGCAUCCCGCAGGUCCAGACUCGGACUGAUGAUGGCCUCGACGGCGAGGCCCACCGUAAACCAUCGCCAAUGCCGGCCCGCCAGGUUGCGAGCGAGCCAGACUUGCUGCCAGUGGCAACCCCUCCACUCUCGCCACUUCGCAUACCCAGCCGACCUGCUGCGCACCGGUCACCUCCAAUGCAGGCGCAGACUAGCCCUGAGAUGCCGAGGCAAUCACCGCAGCGGAAUACGACCAUCGAUGAUGAACGGCUCGCCCGCGCCGCCGCCGCACAGCCACCCACGCCGCCUCGGCGCCAGCUUCGGGCACGAAAAGCGGCGCAGCUCAACCCGUACACGCUCGAAGCCGUGCGCUACCAGCGUGCGCUCAUCCGCAACGACUGGGAGGACGCUGUCGUCAGCCAGCGAGAGUGGCAUCGCCAGGAGCGCAGGCGGCUCGCAGAAGAGGCGGCUCGCGCACAACGCGACGACCCGGCUGCACAAGGCUCUGGCGAGUCUCAGAGUCAGUGGCUUGUACCUGGAUCCGAUCCCAGCUCCCAGGCCGAAUACGAAGCAGACCUGACCUCAUCGUCUCAAUCUGUCCCUACAGCGCCUCAGGUGAUCGUGGAGAUUCCUGUACUUGGUCGCUCAGAUUUCGAACAGCGGCAAGCAGGUGGAUCGCGUUCCAGAGGGGUAACUCCGUCGUCAUCGCAGGCUGAAUCUUUACCAGAUCUUGCAGAGAUUCUAGCCAAGGCUGCCAGGACUACGACGAGACCUAGCGCAAGUGCGGACAGGGCGGGCGAGCCGGGAGUACAAACUACGUACAAGGGUGCGCGCAGUGCUGUGCUUCCAGCUGACAGGCCAGAGACACAGGCAUCGGAUAAUUCUGUACAAGAGCAAGAGAGUGGCGGGGCGCCGAUUCUCGUGCCCAGCCGACGAAAGCAUCCCUUGCGUGCUCUGUCACCUUCCGACACUGAAGACAAUGUCGCAGAUCAAGCAACAAGCCCACGCGUCCAGGCGACGGUGACGAUCGAGUCUUCGGAGGACGAACGGCCUGCGCCCAAGCCGACGACCCAACGCUCCCGGCGAAGGAGUCGCUGGUCUGGCAACGGGUCAAGCAGCGACAGCACCGACUACGAAAGGCGCUUCCGCCAGCUCAAGAGGAUGAUGCCUGCAGGAAUGGCGCGCAAGCACAUUCGUGACUUGCGUGCGAUGAGGCACGGCAAGGCGUACCAUUCGGACGGCCAUGUCUCCUCCUCUUCGACGGACAAUGUGCCGGGUCACACUGCCAAUCAGAACAAGCCGCCAGUCAUGCCAGAAGAAAGCGAUGACAAACUGCAGCCCGGCCAGACGCGCAAACGAUUGCGGCGGCACGACAGUGCCGACAACGCUCUGCUCAUCGACCCAGACUCGGAAUCGGACUCGUCCUCCGCGUCGACUGCACCCAGUCGGCUUCGCAGUCUCUCGCCCGAGCCAAUUGCUCCCCGUCUCCGCAGCCCGAGCCCGGAUAGUGACGAGGCUGAAGAGAUGGAAGAGGCGCCCGUUGGCUGGUGGUCCGUCCAUCGGCUCGAGUCGAGAACACCAUUCCGCGAACGCGAUGCCAUCGAUCGUAUGCUCAGCCGCACUGCUGGGCGCAAACCCAGCACGAAGAAGGCCCGAUCGCAAGCAGUACAUUCGGUCCACCGACAAGCGCGACUGGACGGCUUUCUUUCACACGAACGCUCUGAGCGGCAAUCGGGAUCGAAGAGGUCGCAACUGCGCGAGAUCGAUCAGAACCGAGCGAAAAGUGGCGACACCAGGGAUAAAGACGAACAGCGAGCGAGAAAGAAGAGGCGAAAGACAAAGAAGCUCGACCCACGGGUCGGACGCACCUCGAGCGCAAGACAGCCCGGUGGAGCGCCUAUCGAGCUGCGCAAUCCUCCCGUGGUGCGGCCCCGCGUGAAACCCCGCCUGGACUUGGAGCGUCAUGACCUGCUGUUUGCGCGCGACCCGGUCAAGACCCUCGAAUCUGCGAGACGGGGGGGAAACGACAAAGCGCUCGAUGGCUUCAGCUCGGAUGACGACGAACCCUGGCAGGUGCUGAGUAGUCUCGCACAGGACGGUGCAGCGGCACUGCCUGAUGCAAGGCUCGCAAAGCCGCGAAACCGACCGAUGGCGCUUCCCACGAUCCGCGAGGGCGAGGGAACUCCUUUGCGCAAUUCUUUGUCGUCGCCAUCCGUCAGCGUUGCGUCAGUCGGCGUGACGAGGAUCAACGCAGAUGCAGUGCGCAGUCCAAGCACGCCAACACGUGCACUCCCGCCCGGGACCGCACACAUUCCACACCAGAACCUCAGCAUCGGGCCCAUGCCGCCGAUCGAGGCCAAGCACAUCGACACAUGGGACGACUUCGAGGGCAUCAGUCUCGAUUUCGGUAUUGCCGCCUUGGCCUCCGGACAGAAACUCAGCCAUGGCGCAUCGGAUCUCUUUGCUCGCAUCCAAAACCUGGUCGCGCUGCCGGAAAGGCUGCUGCGCCGCGAGCCGACACCGCGCACGUGGCGUGGCGAGGUGCUGCGUCUGGACGACACAACGCUGAGCAUGGACAUGGACGCCGACGCCCUGUCUUCCAACCUUCCCUUCUACGUCGACAGCCUGCGCCUCCAGAUCAGCCGCAUGUUCGACGACGCAGAGGACAAGGCGGAUGCGGCGAGAUUGUCUGCAAAGCUCGUUAGCGACACGGGCGCGUUCCUGGGUUGCUGGCUUGUAAGGUGUGCACAGGCGGCGUUCGAGGCGCGAAGAGAUGCCGCUGCGCUCUUCGCGUGCUACAGGACGAUGCUGGAGCGCAUCGAGCAGUUGCAGACGUCGAUACUGGCGAUUCAGCAGCGGACGGACGCCGCCAAGAAGCAUCGCAAUGCAGUAUGCCUGCAGCUCGCCUGGAUGCGUUUCGAGCUCUGCUGGCGAGCUGUGGCCGUGUGCGAUGCCGAGGCCGCGUUUGCUCUGGAGCCCGAGGCGCCAACCGUGGAGAGUCUGCUCGCCUUUGCGCGUGCACUGAUGGCUGUCCUGCUGCAUCACGGGCUCCAUCGCUCGGUGCGCGCCUUGCGCAAUGCCGUCUCCGCCUCUGACGAUGGCGCUGAAGGUGGAUUGGGUACACAGGACGCGGCUCCGCUGGACGACGCGGCCUCGAUGUGGGUCGGGGUGAUCCACCUGCUCGACUCGUUUGAGAAGAGCCGUGGCAUUGCCGACGGACGGCUGUUCUGGACACAGUUCGAACAGGCGCAUGCGCGGUGGGACAGCACCAUGCAGCGCGCGCCCCUGCUGCGUGCGGAAAGCCUGUGGUACUGCACGUUCGCAAUGCCCUUGUUCUCGCAGAUCUCGCCCUCGGGCAGCGUGCAGCUGCCGCUGCUGCGCGAGUGUUGGUCUGCAGUCGCACGGGCGCUGGGUAUGCUCCGCUUCCGCACCGACGAGGCGUCCGAGAUCAGCAUGGGCUGGCACGUGCUUGCGCGCCGCGACGCCUACGUCCGCAUUGUCCUACAGCGCUGCUGUCUCUUGGUGUCCGAGUGGCGCUGGGGCAUGGAUGGCGCCGACCUCACGCUCGCGCGGCUGUUCGACAUCUUCAACUCGCACAAGCUGGCAGACUUGCCCACAGAGACGGAACACGACUUUCCGGCUUUCCUUCGCGAUUUCGACGUGCGCAAGCUCGAGGUGGCGGUGGACAGGGAGGCAAGAGAGGACCCGAGCUUUCAUCUGUUCGUUCGGCUGCUCGCGCGGGCCGGGCACGCGCUGCGGCUGUCCGUUUCCGAGGCCAAGGAAGGAGACCGCAAGAUCGCCAGGCUGUUUUCCAGGAUGACACCCGUGCGCGUAAUGCCGUUCACGAGGACGGACGUGCCGACAAGCGCACAGAGGUCGGUACUUUUCAACCACUACGCGGUGGUGAUGCUGCUGCUCCAUCUGGUACCUGCCUCAUCGCCGCAGAGGCUUAGACAGAUUCAGAGCUUCCUGCCUGCGUUUGGCGAGGCCGACUUUACCAGCCAGGUCACGAACGUGCGUGCGAUGAUGUACGUCGCUGUCGAGUUCAGACACCACCGACUCGACCUCGCGCCCGUGGUCAAGUGGUUUGGCGACACGAUCACCAGUCUCCGGAAAGAGUACGGCGAGAUCGACCGAAUUGUACGCCAGCACGACACUCCGCACGGAGGGCAGAGGGUGGCGGCGGUAUUCGAGAACGCGCCCAAGAGACAGGCGGUGCUAAGGCGCAAGGAGGAGGUCGCCCGGCUGCUCGUGGUGGCGCUGCGUUCGAUCCAGCACGUCAUCAGGCACGCGGAUCUGGAAGGAGCCGCGGCCAAGUUGCCGGACCAGCAGCUUCUGCACCCGGCAUGGACGCACGAGCUGCUCGCGGCGCAGAUUGCGCUCGAGCCACGCAUUGGUCAGGAGGGCUUGAAGUGCAUCCAGACCUUCCUGCUUGCACGCAUUCGCGCGUUCUCGACCUCUGCCACACACCACAGCGUUGCAAACAAUCCGACUUCAAACGGCGGCGGGGGAGGGGAGGACAGUCAGGACAGCUUUGCGGAGCUGUUCGACGCCGCCGACGACGAUUUUGACUUUGAAGACCCACUGCUUGCUCGCUUGCUGGAUGGCACUACCGACACGGAGCAAGUCGUGUCCACCGCUGUGGCGGAAGCCGAAGAGCGGAAACAAUGGGACCGCGAAUUCGGUGAUCUGGUCAAAGUCAACAUCUCGCCGGCACUGUUCCAGCUGCUGUCGAAUGUGUAUCACCCAGAUGCGCGCGUGGUCAUGGGGCUCGGCGUGACAGAGCGGCUUGGGACGGACACGGCACGUGCCGGAGCGAGCACGCGCAUGGCGCAGCUGAUCCAGGCAGCCGAGGCGCGCCAGUUCCUCGAGCUUGUGGUCGACUGCUGGGCGGGCUGUGCGCAGGUGCUUGUCGCCAACGGUCUGCGCGCGUGGAGCUCGUACCUGGGCUUUGGCAACGAAUCGUGGAAACGCAUCGACCAUGCGGUUGGGCGCCGCGAUGUCGCGCUCCGCUUCAUGCAAAACCUGCUCACGCUCGACCCGGGCGCACUCGACAGGAAGGAGUACGAGGUGGAGUGUGUGGCUGUUUGGAUCCAGACGGCUGUGGCGCGCGUGCUGUCGGUACAGAAUGUCUUUACUGUCGAACUCGUCAAGACCGCCUCGUCACGAUACCUCGCUCUUCUGCCUUCGCUCACGGCUCGAUGGAGCGAGGUCAUGCCGGACGGGGACAUCGACUUGGAUACUUUCGCGGACAUCAGGCCACGGAUGCUGGAUGCUACGUUGACGUGGAUCGCUACGGAGCUGCGAGAUGCUCAGGGCACGGCACACACUGUGCUUUCCGCGCUGCUCUCGGCAUUGCGCGCGUACGUCGAGGACGCACCGAACAGCAGCGCGGGAGCCGAAUACGUCGCCUUCGCCAACGAUACGCUGAGUGCACUGCAGCAGCGCAUGCAAGGUGCGCAGCUGAGCGCCGCGCUGCUGAGCGACGUGGCCCAGGCGAAACAGGUCAUCGACUCGCGCCUGCACCCGCGGCAGUAG